AUGACUUCUGCAAGCUAUGAAACUUCUACUUUUACUAAUCCUUCGUCUGCACAUGACAUACGGCGCUCUGUAGGUGGCAGUUUCUCAUCUGCAUACGACUCACCCUAUUCCACUGCACGUCGAAGAUCUCCAUCUCCUGGUCCAUCUUCGCGGAGAUAUGCCCCGUACGAUAGUUAUAUUCCCCGUGGGGGACCUAGCUAUCGUAGUGAUGAUCAUCCGAACGUUUACAGGCCAAAUGCAUGGAGACCAGAACGCUACAACAGCCGCAGCCCAUCCCCAGAUCGUUACGAACGGUCUCGUUCUAUGGAACCGCGCUUCUGGGAUUCUGGUGCUCGCUGGCAGCCGCCUUGGCAAGAUCGAAGAUCCUCUCCGAGCCCACCAGCUCUACGGGAAAAACUCCGCAGAGAUACUAUGGCAGAGCGAAUGUUCGAGCCAUCAGACUCCUGGAAGCAAUCACACGUCGAUCGAUCCGGCCGAUACGAAGUGUUGGAGCCUCCAAGUCCAAGAUUUCCAGAUUAUCGUGCUCGUCCUGCACGAGAUUACUCUCCCCUGAAGUCACCAGCGUAUCCUCCUAUUCAUGGUGAUACUUAUCGUCCUUAUUCUAGUGGUCAAAGCUACCGAGAACCACACGUGUUCGUUCGGUCAGAUUCAUACCGGCCACAAUAUGAUGAUAGUGCUCGACGGUCACCGCGCUCAGUUGAUAAUUCGAACACAGAUGUUUGCUAUCCGCGUCGACCAUCAAGUCAUUAUGAUCACGAUGACACACUGUCUUCGACCUCCAUUGCUAGUACACCGCCUCCCCAUGCUGUUAACUCUCCUCCCCCAGACCCACAUAUCACCAAUAGUGAUGCCCGUAGGCAUUCACCAUCUUGCAGACGUGCGUCACCCGCCCACUCCGUAGCACGAUCUAGAGCGUCCUCGAUAUCUUCCGAUGCCCCCCAUAAAAGAUCACAGUUGAGAUCUUCAUCCCGAUCAUCUGCUUCUUCUCGACCUGAUAAAUCUGCUAUUUUCGCGCAUAAUGGUUCCAAGGAUAUCGUGUCAACGAAACAGAAUCGAGAGAGUACAAUUCGACAAGCACCCACGCAUGUGUUGUCACGAGAUCCGGAUAGACUUGGUUCUACAUCGAACACUCUUACUGGAAAGGGUUCCACGCACCCUGAGCCUCUACCCCACGAGUUGCUGCACGUGGGCGCCAAACCGGUCCAUCCUGUGAUGAACGGUGAGCUUAAUGGUCCGCCUUUGGCAUCGAACUUCUUGCGUUCUUCACCAAGUUUGUUACCAGGAGAAGGUGCGACCAUUCCUUUUGCUUGUCAAUAUCCUGAAGACAUACCGAUUUUAGAUGUCGAGAUGUCUCCUCCUGGGCUUAUAUCUUCUCAUGCUCUUCCUAGUGACGUGGAAUUAGCCUUCUUGGGGGAUUCGGCUGGUAAAGGGACUGAAAUGCAAACCAACCAAAUAUCCCCUCUUUCUAAUAACAUAAAACCUGCUACGCCCCAACCUGCUUUGAAAUCUGUGGGGGCGGUCGCCAAUAACUCACCGGCGUCCGCAACUGCGACCGCAACUCCUUCACCAGAAUCAAGAAUGCUGGAGAAAGAUGUUGAUGUUGGCUCCCCGCGGACGUUAACAGGAGACACUCCCUUGCUAAAGUCUGCUCCACAAGUCAUUGCCACGGAAUCGGUCGGCAGUCCAUCUCGUAUCGAGGCAGAAGAGCAGCUUUUGACUCCCGCACUUGACGUAGAACAGCCUGCAACAUGGUUUUAUGGUCGUCCGUCUUUUUCAGACCCGACUGCAAAAGCCCUCCGUUUUGUAGUCCUAACGAGGCUUCAAUGUGAUCGUCAGACGCGCGAUGAGCGUGUUGUUCCGGUUCUUAGGGCCAAUCGGGCGAUUCGCGAGCCUUCUCUGCCUUCACCUAUUGACGCGCAAGACAACCUAUUUCAGGAAUUUGCAGCUGAUCAGCCCCGUCAGGAAAGAAUGACUUUACACUCUCAGUCUAUGAGAUCGUCCUUAUCAGGACACUUCCUGGAGCGAGAAACAGCCCUUCGGCAAAAGCAGCAAAAGCUUAGAGAAGAAUAUCUUGAGCUACAUCAGCAAUGGAUAGCUCAAUGUGCCCGACUCGAUAACGUGUCAAAAGGCGGUCUGCCUGAGGAAUCUCUGCCAACUUCUGCAGGCGGCAGGUCCACCAGACGAUCAGCUGCCGUUUUGGGCGAUGCUGUUCGCUCUGAUCUUGAGAUGGAGCAGAUCAUUGCGAAUCUUGGGAUGGAGGAGCUGACAGAUCCAAGCUACUUGGCGAUCAAGAACGUUGCAAAGAUACCGGAUAUGGUUUCUGUCGUUGAUAGCCGUGGGCCAUACUCUUACGACGAUACGAACAAUCUCUUAGAUGACCCUGCGGAGUUCUACAGCUCGUCUUCGGCUCUUGACCUCUGGACAGAAGAGGAGCGCAUUGUCUUCAAGGAGAGAUACGCUGCCCAUCCGAAGCAAUUCGGGCUCAUUGCUCAACAUCUGCCCAAUAAGACUGCCGCUCAGUGUGUCACGUACUACUAUCUGCACAAGCCGCACGUCGACUUCCGCAAGGCUAUUGCACAGUAUGGUGCAGGUCGGCGCCGGAGGAAUGGUAGGGGGGCUAACAAGCAGAAAGGCAACGCACUGCUUGCAGAUAUUCGCCGCCAUGAUGAUGAGGUAUUGGCUGCCCACCCUACUUCUUCCGCUGUACCUAGUAAGCGCAGGAGAGCUGCUAUACUGCGAUCCAACGUCGAACCCAGGAGAAACCAGUCCCGCAGGGGUACCGUCCAGCCUGACCAGACCCCCACUUCUUCCGGGACAACGCCAGAUCCUGAAGCAGAUGAGCAGAAGCGCCGGCGGCGCUCCACUGCAGUCGCGCGUUCGUCGGGUCUUGCUCAAGAAGAAGUUGAACCCACUGAACCAGGUGCUGAGGCUCCACCUCCAAAGCAAACCAGAAGACCCCGGAAACCCAGAGCCCGCGCAGUCGCAACCCCGUCAGAGGAAGCCACUCCCGCUCCAGAACUCCCGGAUUAUUGCAAGCCGUCGAUGCCAAUAUCGUGGUCCAAAGAGGACAAAAGUUUGUUCCUUGAGCUUCUAUCUCAACAUGGUGAUAAUGUGCACCACGUCGCUGCCUCCAUGCCUCACAAGGUCCAUGGUGAUCUGGUAGCAGGCUGUGGCGCCCCUUAG